GUGUGACCCCAGCCUGUUCCUGCUGCAGGAGAAGGAUGAAAUCCUCAUGCUCUUGGUGUACGUGGAUGAUAUCCUUCUCUUUUCUGCAUCCACUGCUUUGCUGGACAGCGCAGAGCAGAUGCUGGAGAUGCAGUUCAAGUGCUCCAAGAUGGGUGAGGUGAAGUACUACUUGGGGAUGCACGUGGAGAGAGAUGUGGAAAAGGGUGUGCUGAGGUUGCACCAGAGGAAGUACUGGCUGACUUUAUCAGACUAUUUACUCUGAUUAGUCUGAAAUCUCAGACCGGUUUUUUGGCUAAACCUGAAUUUCCAGAUAAGG